CAGGCAGUAAGGUGGAUUGGGGAGAGCGCAAUACAGAGCUGUGAGAGAAUGAACGACGAAAACCUUCAACGUUUCCAAAUGAUGUGCACUCAACCUGGACCUCAAUGGAUUGCCGUCGGUGUGGCCAAGUUAGGGGGUGGUGGAAGCUUGGGCCAACUUCAAACACAAGGUUAUGUAUGGGUAGACUCAAGUGUAUGGACGGAUCAGAAUGAUGGACGGGAUUGUAAAUGGAGAUGUUUCUAAACUUGUCACCCGGCGGUCGACCAACAAAGCGAAUAGAGAUU